UAGAAAAGAGGGGAGAGGGGUGGGUUGGCUUUAUAGCGGUGCGCCUGAAUAGGUCGAAGGUUGGAUCGUCGCUGGUUGCCUCGUAUUGCCGUUGCCUAUUGCCGAGUGCUUCUCGCGACGACUGACAUCCAUCUGCGAGUUUUCGGACACCGUGAUUCCAUACAUCAUCUGCUCAGACCAUGCUGUGGUGCUUUUUGGGGGUGGGUGCAUUAGAUAUGCAGUGACACACGUCUAGGUUUGCGGAACGGUUUCCACGGGCCUCGUUGGUGGAAUUCGGUGUUGCAGAGACGACAUGCGAAGGGCCGCUUUGUUGUCGUUGUUGUUGUUGUUGUUGUUGUUGCGUUGUUCCGGAUCAGUCGAGAGCGUCGGUGGAGGACCGCAGGGAGAGCCUGACUGAGAUCGGGUGUGAGUGGGUGAGUGGCGUUGCGAGGGUGGCAAUUUGGCAGGUUGGUUAGAUCACAAGUCGAAAACGAGAUCACAUUCACGAGGAAGGCGGGAUGGUGCUCGUUGAUACAGUUUCACAGAGUUCUUUCCACACCACGACGAAGCCAUGUACUGUAGAGAGUUGGCUGACUGGGACAGAGCCUGCGGAAAACGAUACGGCCGAUGCAUCGUUGGUGAAACAAACGUCAAUUGAGUUACCCGUCGAAGCCUACAAAGAGCUUCACAAGUUGGCUGGAAAAUGGAUGGACAUCUUGGAUCCCAAAGAUCUUACGUUGACACGGCUCAAGGGUGCCAUGACAAACCAUGUUUAUCAAUGCCAUUGGGAAAGAGACAAUGGCCACCCACCUCGCAAGGUUCUUGUGCGGGUGUACGGGGAAGGUUCAAGCAUGUUUUUUGACAGGAAUGACGAGGUAAUGACUUUCGAGCGGAUGUCGCUGAAAGAUCAGGGCCCACAUCUGUUAGGCCGGUUUCCCAACGGUCGAGUUGAGGAAUUCUUGCGAGCACGGACACUUACGAAGCAAGACUUACGUGAUCCAGAGAUUUCGAAAAAAAUUGCUGUGAAGCUGCAGGAGUUCCACAAGCUUGAUAUACCAGGGCCACGGAAAGCAAAGCUGUGGGAACGCCUCAGGGAUUGGUUGGUGAAGAUUUUGGAGCAUCCCGACACCAGUGAUGAGGAUUUUGGGCUGAAUAAAUUGGAUGAUGAAAUCAAUGAUCUGCAACGUCGACUGAUGAAGCCUGAUACUCGAAUCGGAUUCUGCCACAACGAUUUGCAAUAUGGCAAUAUCAUGGUUUCAGAGAAAGAUGACUCCGUCACACUCAUAGAUUACGAGUACGCCAGUUACAACCCCGUAGCAUUUGACAUUGCUAACCAUUUCUGUGAGAUGACUGCCGAUUACCACUCUGAUGAGCCGCAUUUGUUAAACCAAGAGAGUUUCCCUGACUAUGAAGAGCGGAGCCAAUUCUGCCGUGCAUAUCUAGAAGCUUCAGGGGAUUCAGUAUCUCAGGAAGAUGUGCGGAAACUUAUUAAGGAAGUGGACGAGUUCGUACUUGCAAGCCACCUGCACUGGGCUCUUUGGGGCUUAUUGUCGGCUGCACAUCAAGACGUGGAAUUCGACUUCUUGAGAUAUUCUCAGCAGCGAUUUUCAGAAUACUUUAAAUUGAAACGUGAGUUAUUUGGGAGCAGGUAGAUCUUACAAACGUGGAUAUGUCUACUGCAAGAUGAAAGUUGUUGAUUGAACUCCAUAUGGUUUGAUAGCACUUAUGUAUAGUAGAAUGUUUUAGACCACUCUGGUAGGCUAGUUUAGAAGGAACACAUGCAUUCUAUUGAGUCCUUACAUCCAAAUGUGCAGAUUAUUUGACAUAUCAUUUACCUAAAACUUCUUCCAUUUCUUGGUA